AUGUCCAAGCUUACAUCCAAGACUGUUAGUUUUGAAAUCCACGUUGGUGAUCUUUUGGAUCCAAACCUUAGUAAAUUGGAUGAAAAGGACCCAAUUGUUAAAUCAGUUUUGAGAUUGACUGAAGGUUUAUCGGAAAUUCAAACCGAACAAAAGUUCUAUCGUACCAGAGAAGAAAGUCACAGAGACUUGGCUGAAAUUACCAAUGAAAAGGUUAUGUUCUGGGGUGUUGCUGAAAUGAUUGGAAUUGUUGUUAUGGCUGUUGGUCAAGUUUUUGUCUUACGUAACUUCUUCAAGGCAACAAGAUCUGUGUAA